CGCAUCCAUCAGUCAGUCAGUCAGUCCGCAUGCCAACCCAUCAAAACUCUCAAGAUGAGAUGGAAUGAUACACAAGUGUCAUUCUUGCCCUGUGUGUGUGUGAGCAGCCAGUUAGCGCCGUCUCCGCCUCACGCUCGGCCUCUCCACAGUGGGUACAGGGAAAGCCCGUUCCCAAGGUGGAGGCAAGUGAACUGGGCAUUCUCACACGCACGCAGGAAUGCAAUGCAUGGAUCAGGCAGGUAGGCGCCCGCGCAGGCCGCGCGCACAACUGGGUCGUGCGGCGGGUACAUACAUACACCACACAGCAUCCUCCCUCCCUCCCUCCCUCCCUCCUCUCUCAACGACAAAAAACCCGCAACCACUCCGUCAUACACACACACGUGUACGUGUACAUGUUCACAUGUGUAUAUGGAUGGAUGCCGUGUCUAAUGGCUCUGUGCACACGUCGGGCCACAGGGCCAGGUCGUCGGGCAGAAGCUCGCGCUCUCCUGCCUGGUGCCCCAGCCUCAGUGCGAGCAAACACACACACACAGACAGGCAGACGUCGGCAGGGAACUGCUGCUCUCCCUCCCUCCCGCCCCUUUCCUCUGUAUGCACACCCCCUCCCGUCCACACACACUCAUGCAGCAGCGGCGGUGGCUGUCUGAGCGGCCUGCUGCUUCUCCUUGGUGCCGCGCGCGAUGAUGUUGCGUGCCCGCGUGCCGCCCACCACUCGCUGCAUCGACUGGUACCUGCAACACACACAGCAAAUACGCAGACACGUUGGUUGAUGGCUGGUGUGUUGGUUGGUGUGUUGGUCGCUGACCAUGGUCCGAUCUUUGAGUUCUGGAAGACGUCCUGCUCGCAUCUGAACCCCUCAAUGCUCUUCAGAAUGCUGUGGGUCGACAGGCAAACGAUACACCACACCCACAUGCAGCGUCUCUUUUGCACCCCCCCAGCCAGCGCACCUACCCGAAAAUGUUGAAGUCAGCUUCGUUGGGCGUCUCGCCGCCCAGGAAGGUGCGCCUGCCGACGGCCUCAACAAACUCGUUCAACGCACCGUAGAGGGCCUCACGCUCAUUGUCCACCUGCAGAAAGGCAGCGUGUCAUGGGUGUGUUGGUGUGUGUGUUGCGGUAUGUGAGAGUGUGUGUGUGACGUGCCUUGUAUUUCUUCUUUCGCGACUUUGAGACGAGCCACAUGACAAGAGUGCCGGAGAGGUGGGCGCCCCACUUCUCGAAGAAGGAGAAGGACGGGUGCGUCAACAGGUAGUCAAACGUCUCGGCGGACUCCUGCAGGUCAGGUAGGUGCACACACAGGGACAUCGGAUGAAUGCCAUAGUGGAUGCAUGUGGGUGUUAUCUCUCUCUGUGUGUGUGUCUGUGUGUGUGUACCUUGAGGGAGCGGUAGAUGUUCAUCACAAUCAGCUGAACCAACACGUCGUCAGACCUGCACACACACACAGACACACACGUCCCUCCCUCUCUCCCUCUCUCCCUCCCCCCCGUCCCUCUCUCAUCCCAUUCCAGCUGACCACUUGAUCCACUUCUUCUCCUCUUCCUUGGCAGCCUCGCUCUCCUUCUGGCCUGCCUUCCCACUGCCACCACCACCACCACCCCUGAGCCCCCCCUUGCUCUCGCGCCGCCUGGCCUCGUGUGCGACCAGGUUGUGCACGAUGCGCUUGCUGUCCUUCAGGACGAUGGCAGAGGGGUCGUCGGGCGAGGAGGGCGGGACGGGUGAGCUGGCUGACGGGGGUGUGUUGGGGCGGAUGACGAGGAUGGGCACCUUCUUGUAGUCGGGGCUCCAGGAGGAGAUCUCCUUCUUGGCCAAGGGAUGCACCUCCACCACCUGUGUGUGGCGAUACAUAUGGGGGAAUGAAUCGAUGGAUUGGAUGGUGUGUAGGGUAGGGUGGUGUGUGGUAGUGCUCUCACGUUGUAGGGGAUGUUGUGGUAGUCCAGUGCGAUGCGCACUUUGCGGCAGAACGGACAGCUCCUGUCAACACACACACACACACACAGACAGACAGACAUGGAGAUGCCCAGACAGAUCCCUCUCUCUCUCCGUUGGCUGACUGACUGACUGACUCGAAUUGGUAAAUGGUGACAUCGCUGUCCUGCAGCGACACGUCCGCGGCAAUGAGGUCGUCCUCCUUCAGGAACUUGUCCACAUCCACACCACCGCCAGGCACACUGAUGCUCGCGCCACCUCCUGCUGCACCACUGCCACCAGCACUCUCAGCACAAUGCGCCACGCCAUAGUGCGGCCGCUUCGACGACGAAAAGGCGCCAUAGCCGAGCAGCAGAGACCCGCCAAUAACAGCGGCAGCAGCUUUGGCUGCAUUAGACUGGUGAUGGGAUGGGCUGCCCUGUGUCGGCGUGUGCGGCGGCGCUUGUCUGAGGGAGAGGGUGAUGUUUGCAGCGGCAGCUUGGGCAGCGGCGGGGAGCGGUGGCGAUGAUGCGUGAGGGGACGCUGCAGCAGCCAGGGAGCGCCGCAGCGAGGAGGCCAAAACGCGGAUGUCCCUCAUCUGUGUUCCUCUCACUCAGGCUGAUGAGCUACAGGCAGAUCUCGCACACCGGCCGUCUGUGCGCCUCGGAAAGACC